GGAGUUCCCUCACUACCCAUCCCACUGUGUGGAGUUCCCUCACCACCCAUCCCACAGUGUGGAGUUCCCUCACCACCCAUCCCACUGUGUGGAGUUCCCUCACCACCCAUCCCACUGUGUGGAGUUUCCUCACCACCCAUCCCACAGUGUGGAUUUCCCUCACCACCCAUCACACUGUGUGGAGUUCCCUCACCACCCAUCCUACAGCACAGAACUCCAUCAUCAGCCCUCCGACAGCUUGGAUUUUAAUUGUGUUGGUGGCUAUGUUGUAUCAACUGAUAAAAUACUAACACUGCAUUAAUGGAACUCUAAUAUGAAGUGAAGUAGAAUGAAGUAUUUGUGAUUUCAUGCUGUAACAUUUUUAUUGUUUCUCUUUUUUGAACAGAAAAUCCAAAAUAUUUUUAUAUUUUUAAGGAGAUAGAUCAAAUUGUGUUCACUGGACCAGACAUUCCUGGAAAUGGUCCCGUUGGCUGGGAUUGGAAACCAAGCCACAUUCAAGGCACACAGCGACUUGUGACAUUUUAUAAAGAAGGAUCCAGAGGGUGGACCCCACGUUGGGAAAGUAACUUCGUAUACACUGGCAUCUUUCAUGCUAUGAUCGAUAUAGCUGGUACCGUUGAUCUGAUAAUUACUCGUCCCACAUUUAAAUUUGCAGGAUCUAUUAUCUUGGUGCAAAGAGAGCCCAGUUAUGAAACCUUGGAACAAUAUGAAAUUUUUGGGAUCGAAGUUGUAGCAAAUCCACGAUCACCUCUGAAGGACAGUGACGUCACCCUCAGCUGUACCAUCUCCAGACUCCCAGAUACCGUCAGUCUCCACUGGAGACCAGUGGGCUCAUCCCAGCAGAGCAGGAGAAACACUGAUCAGUUCCGGCUGAAUAACACCAUCUAUCUGAUGGUCCGACACGUUACAGUGGAGGAUAUGGAGUUGUAUCAGUGUGAAGUGUGGGAAAAUGGAAACGUUGUUGGUACAAGCAAAGCAGAUUUUACUGUAGACAUGGGUCCACAUAAUAAACAUUACACACUGUAUCGCUCAGUUAUGGAUCACAGUGAAUUUCACCUCAUGUGUUACAGCAAUACUGAAAAUUACAACAAUGCUGCCUGGACUUGGCUGUCAGAUCUUCAUCAAAGUUCAUGGAAAACAAUUGCAACAGCAUUUAAAUCUCAGCCCAUGAAUGUCAGUGAGAGUCACUUUGUGAAUCGACUGAUGCUCACAAAGACACCUUUUAACGGCUGGAAUUUCAGUAUGAGGGUUUUUCCUGUGGUGUUUGAGGAUGCAGGAGAGUACACCUGUAGACUGGAAACUAUUACAUUUAUGACUAUCACACUAAGCACGGUUAAAGUCACAGCUGAACCGUCUGAUACAGUGACUGAGGGAGACACCGUUACCCUGAACUGCUCUGUGUCUGACGUCACUGCAUCAAUGAGACUGGUUUGGAUCAAUGGUGAUGGUGAAACUUUUGGAGAAAAGACACUGAGUGGGGAAGAUAAAUCACUGAGUCUGAUCAUACAAAAAGCUGACAGAGGCAGAGGGAAAUGGACAUGUGGUGUUUUUGAUCAGAAAACGCUUCAACUUUCAGUACCAUAUAACCUGGAAGUCAGAGAUAACAACACUAGUAAAAUUGCUAUUAUUGGAAGUCUGGUUCUUCUGCUCAUUGUUAUCCUGGGACUGGUGUUGUGCUUCAAGAAGUACAAAAGAAAAGAUUCAGGAAAUCAAAAUCAAAAGCCUCUGCAAACAGGUGGAAAUAAAGAAGAAACAUCUCAUCUUUAUUCAAAUGCUGUUGAAAUCCAGCAAAUGCAAGGAGAUCUGACACCUGUAACUGAGACCAGUCAUGUUGCUGAAUAUAUGUCUGUCGAUAACCAGUCAAAGCAAGAAGACACAAAGGAAUCUAUUCAUUAUGGGGAUAUAUACUUUAAAAAUGAAUCAUCAGGUAGCAGGCAUGAAAUGCAGGGCAGUAACAAAUCAUCAAUUGUUAAUGUUGGUGAUGAUGACCAUGUUGUCAUCUAUACACAAAUAGCACAAGUAGCAUAUGAAUAAAUUCAUAAAAACAAGGAAUUCCGCAGAUGCUGGAAAUUCAAAGCAACGUAAACAAAAUGCUGGAGGAACUCAG